AUGAAAGAUCUUGGUGAUGCUUCUUUUGUAUUAGGAAUCCAAAUACAUCGAGAUCGUUCCCUAGGUGUACUUGGAUUAUCACAAAAGAGCUACAUCGAUAAAGUGCUGGCAAGAUUUGGCAUGAAAGAUUAUAGACCAGGAGAUACCCCUGUGGCUAAAGGUGAUAAAUUCAGUUUAAAUCAAUGCCCCGAAAAUGAGCUUGAAAGAAAGGAAAUGGAAUUACAUCCCUAUGCAUCGGCUGUGGGAAGUCUUAUGUAUGCACAAGUAUGCACGCGUCCGGAUAUUGCGUUCAUAGUAGGCAUGCUAGGCAGAUAUUUGAGUAAUCCCGGUAUGGAUCAUUGGAAAGCAGUCAAACGUGUUUUGCGGUAUCUGCAAAGAACAAAGAAUUAUAUGCUCACUUAUAGGAAAUCGGAUCAGCUUGAGAUCAUUGGGUAUUCUGAUUCGGAUUUCGCGGGAUGCCAAGACAGUCGUAGAUCCACGUCAGGUUAUGUUUUCAUGCUAGCCGGAUGGGCCUUAUCUUGGAAAAGUGUUAAACAACAUUGA